ACCUGCCAUAUUCAAAAACCUCCGCCGCCGCCGCCACCACCACCACAAUGCACAACAUCAACCUCCAAACUCCGCCGCUAUAUCUCCAACGCCACCGCGACAACUACCGCCUCAAAAGACAACACCAAAACCACUCUUUACGUAAUCUUAGCCACCGCCUUAUUUUCCUUCCUCUUCAUCCUCUCCCUUCCUUCCACUGCCACAUCCUCCCGAGCCCUAAUCUCAAACAGACCCGAUCCGGCCCUCUUCCCGAACCGACCCAUAUCCAAAACCGAGAUCCCCUCCGCACCCUCCCCUCCUUCCAUUGCUUACUUCAUAUCCGGUUCAGCCGGCGACUCGGCUCGGAUCCUCCGGCUCCUCUUUGUUACCUAUCACCCGAGAAAUCAUUACCUUCUUCACCUUGACCUCUCUGCUACGCAGACGGAGCGUGAUCGAUUGGCCGUAACGAUCCAAACAGUACCCGUUUUUAGAGCCGCUCGAAACGUCGACGUUAUCGGGAAAUCGGAUUAUGCAUACCCUAGAGGGCCAUCCUCAAUCUCUUCUACUCUUCACGGUGCCUCCAUUUUGCUACGGUUAGCUUCUAAUUGGAAUUGGUUUAUCUCUCUCAAUGCCGGUGAUUACCCGCUUGCUACUCAAGAUGAUCUUCUUCACAUUUUGUCUUACUUGCCGAAAGAUCUCAACUUUGUGAAUCACACUAGUUAUAUCGGCUGGAAAGAGUCCAAGAGAUUGAAGCCGAUAAUCGUCGAUACGGGGCUUUAUCUUUUGGAAAAGGAGGAGAUAUUUUAUGCUACUCAGAAGCGAGAAUUGCCGAAUGCUUUCAGGUUGUUUACAGGUUCAUCAUUUACGAUGUUAACUCGUAAUUUCGUCGAGUUCUGCAUCGUUGGUACCGACAAUCUUCCGAGGACUUUGCUAAUGUAUUUUGCCAAUAUGCCUUAUUCCUUCACCAAUUAUUUCCCUACCAUCCUUUGUAACUCCGAUCAGUUCAAGAACACUGUGAUUAACCAUGACCUACAGUAUGUAGCCUUCAACAAAACCUUUUCAAAGAAGCUUCCCCCUAUGAAGCCUGAAGAGUUUGAUGCCAUGGUUCAGAGCGGAGCUGCAUUUGCAACACAGUUCCAAUUUAACAGUCCUGUACUUGACCGUAUCGAUCAAGAAAUUCUGAAACGCAGCCCUGGCGGAGUUGUACCGGGUGGAUGGUGCUUAGGCGAGGGCAACGACACAUGUUCAGUUUGGGGGGAUGCUGAUAUCUUGAGGCCUGGUCCAGGAGCAAGAAGGCUCGAAAAACGUAUCGUCGAACUACUAUCAGAUGACGGGUAUCGAUCCAAGCAAUGUGUAGAUGAAUGAUCUAAUGGAUCAGUUAACAUGGAGAUUCAUGAAAUUUGGGGAAGCAAAGGGUACUAAUCCUUUUUCAUGCAUGCAGUUGUACCGUGGUUGUUGUAAAGUAGAUUAAAAUUCAUUUGUUUGUCAGCUCAGUAUGUAGUGUUUAUGCUUAACAUGAUGGGGGUUCCACUGUAUGAUUUAGUUCUGAUUUUUGAGAAUUUAAAGCAUUUAGCA